AUAAAAAAAAUAUAUAUUAAAAGAAGAAUUGUAACACAAAAAUUUUGUUAACAUUUUGUGGACACCAAAUAAUGGCCACCUAUUCCAAUCAGCACUGGCUAUUGUCCCACAUACGCAACUCCUUCAUAUCCACCGAUGACACUGGCAUGUGCGAAACUGUGAUGCUCAGCAACGACCUUCCCAAGGAGUAUUUGAGGAAAUUUCAAAUAAAUUUUCAAAGCGGACGUUCUGCUGGGAAAACAAAGUCUGCUGCUUUGGCCAAAAGUGACAGAAUUAUCCGCAAUCCCGAUGCACCGUUGCAGGAAUGUGACUUUGUAUGCUAUCCCGGCCUAGAUUUAAGUGAUGAUGAGGAUCUGGACACAUCGACACACUCAUUCGACAUACAAAUGUAUCCCGAGGUGGGUGCCCAUAGAUUUCGUUCGAAUACUGCCCAAAAACUCGAAAAAUUGGAUAUUGCCAAACGGAAAGCAGCACGAAUCAAAAGUAUCAACUAUAAUGAGGAGGCCCAGCCGCCCGAAAACAAUGAUUUCUUUAAGCGAAAGGAAGUGGUGGCAACCCACAAGCAAAGACCCAACACCAGCAGCAGCAGUAGUAGUGGGAGUGGCCAGAAGAAAUCACCAGACGAUGAUCUAUCCGAUGAGGGUGUGCAAAGCAAAUUGACCGAACAAUUGGCCAAGAGUCCAAAGCAAACUCAAAAUCGUUUUAUCGAAUAUGCCCGCUUUGAUGGCACCGCCCAAGUGGGCAUGCCGACCAAACGUAUUAAUGUCUAUCUGAGUAUGCUAAGCGAACCCGAGCGUAAUUAUCCGCUUAAAAUUUGUGUUAUAUCCACUGCCAAAAUAAUAGAAGUGAUUGGUUUCGUUUGCUACAAAACCUCUGAGCAAUAUCCCGCGGUACCCCUUAAAUCCAUUCAGCAUUAUGCCCUCUAUAUGACUGAAGAUAAUGAUGAUAUGGAGGAUUUCCCACCGCUAGACAAUCGUGAACCAUGCUCGAAAUUCGGUUUCUCACACUUAACAUUGGCCGAACGUAGGCCAUUGGCUCCAGUUACCCGUGUGGAUUAUCAUGGUCAGCUGGGUAAUAAAUCGAUGACAUCGGAGGAGGAUAAAUCAUCACUGGCUGAUGCUGCUGUUAAGGCUUUACACAACAUUAGCUUAAAUAAUGGACAAGCUGAUCCAGGUGGAGGAUUAGCUGGUGGCGGCGGGGGAGGAGGAGUAGCAGAAGAAGAAGAAAGCGUAAGAGAUUAUGAGAAACGACUAUUGAAUCAUAUCGAUAUGCUGGAGGCACCCAUACAUCGUUCAUUUCGCUUAAAUUUAAUUGACAAGCGAUUCUUCAAAUCGGAAGUCACUUUGGGCAUUUCUGGUGAACGCAUCGAAAUCGAUCAAUUGAAGAGUACGAAAUUUUGGUCACAAAAGAAACCCAUUUCCACACCCAUCGAUCUGGUGGUUCAUUGUGAAAUCGCCGAGAAAAGGCAAUAUAAGGUUUUGUUACGCAUUUGGUUGAAAUCCAAUUCCACCUCCUCCUCGACAUUCUCUGCCAGCAAUUGCACAUCCGUACCCCUGGAUGGCAGUGUAACCACUCUGAAUACGGGUGGAAGUGGUUCCGGUAGUGCCGGCAUUGCCCAUUCACCCAGUAGUCCAAAUCACUCUACAUUAACUAACAGUAGCUUUCUAUCCAGCAAUAUACGCUUUAAGCACUAUGACUUUGACACUGACUUACAUAUGGCCGAGCAGAUCAGUAAUAAGUUAAAUUGCAUUCUGGAAAUGCGUUCAAGUCCGUUACGACGGGAAUUUCUCCAUCAGCGUGAACGUAAAUUGGAAAAACAAUUGUCCAAAAAGCAAUUAAAAUCGUAGUAUUUGUUCCUAUUGGCAGGGCAUUGGCUAAUCCUUCGCCAACGCCUUUGCCUCUGCCUCUGCCUCUAAGCAGAAGCCAAUCGCGCCCAUGCCGCUGCCGCCUCCUUCUUCUAAUUUGAAAGAAGCUGUAUUAGUUCGCUAACUAAAGAGUGUGUUACACAUGUUUAACAAUAAAUUAUAUAUAUAUAUAUAUUAUAAAAAAAGAAAAUCAUACAUUUGUAUAAAAUCUAGACAUUAAGUAUUUAUUGAAAUUCACUUUAAUAAAACAAUUAAGAUUGAA